ACAGCAAAGAUGGCCAAUGUAGUUACGGAAAAAUAAAAGCUUCGAACAAGAAACAAAAGUCAUUUAAUACUUUUAAAACCACUCUCGAAACUUGUUACAAUGAGGGAAAUCGUACACAUUCAAGCUGGACAAUGUGGAAAUCAAAUCGGGGCUAAGUUUUGGGAAGUUAUUGCUGAUGAACACGGAAUUAAUCCUACAGGAAUGUAUCAUGGUGAUUCAGACCUCCAAUUAGAACGUAUAAAUGUGUACUUUACUGAAGCAACGGGGGGUAAAUACGUUCCCCGAGCAAUUUUGGUCGAUUUAGAACCUGGAACGAUGGAUGCUGUUCGUUCAGGACCGUUUGGACAACUUUUUAGACCGGAUAAUUUUGUUUUUGGGCAAAGCGGUGCAGGGAAUAAUUGGGCUAAAGGACAUUACACGGAAGGAGCAGAAUUGGUUGAUUCCGUUUUGGAUGUUGUGCGCAAAGAGGCAGAAGGAUGUGAUUGCUUACAAGGUUUCCAAUUGACGCAUUCUUUAGGAGGCGGAACUGGUUCCGGGUUAGGAACUUUAUUGAUUUCAAAAAUACGGGAGGAAUUUCCCGAUAGGAUUAUGAAUACUUUUUCGGUUGUGCCAUCACCGAAAGUAUCAGAUGUUGUUGUUGAACCUUAUAACGCUACGUUAUCGGUACAUCAAUUGGUCGAAAAUACAGAUGAAAGUUAUUGUAUAGAUAACGAAGCUUUAUAUGAUAUAUGUUUUCGCACAUUAAAAUUAACAACACCUACAUACGGGGAUUUGAACCAUUUGUUAUCGUCUACGCUAUCAGGGGUGACCACAUGCUUACGAUUUCCUGGUCAAUUAAACUCAGAUUUAAGAAAACUCGCUGUUAAUAUGGUUCCCUUCCCGCGUCUACACUUUUUCAUCCCAGGAUUCGCCCCAUUAACAUCACGGGGAAGUCAACAAUAUCGAGCUUUAACGGUCUCUGAAUUAGUUAUGCAAAUGUUUGAUUCCAAAAAUAUGAUGGCAGCUUGUGAUCCUCGCCACGGAAGAUAUCUCACUGUUGCUGCUAUUUUUCGAGGACGUAUGUCGAUGAAAGAGGUUGAUGAACAAAUGCUUAAUGUUCAAAAUAAGAAUAGCAGCUACUUUGUCGAAUGGAUACCUAAUAAUGUUAAAACAGCUGUUUGUGAUAUCCCACCUAGAGGAUUAAAGAUGUCUGCAACAUUUAUUGGAAAUUCCACAUGCAUCCAAGAAUUAUUUAAACGUGUAUCAGAGCAAUUUACGGCUAUGUUCCGAAGGAAGGCGUUUCUCCAUUGGUACACUGGCGAAGGAAUGGAUGAAAUGGAAUUUACUGAAGCUGAAUCGAAUAUGAACGAUUUAGUAUCUGAAUAUCAACAGUACCAAGAAGCUAGCGCCGAAGAAGAAGGAGAGUUUGAUGAAGAAGAUGAAGCGGAAGAUAAAUAACUUUUUUAGUUAAUAAUAAAAUAAGUUUUAUUUAUAAGUUAUUA